AAGGGUCUAAAAUAAGAAACUUCUUGGCCUCUCUCUGCCUUCUAAUGUCUAGAGGUCUACAAUAGGGUUGGAUUAUAGUAUUAUACACCAUUGAGUCUAUGUUCAAAUUAAGCACCCUUUAAGAUGAAAAGGGCAAGUAUGGCUACAUUUUCUCCAAAACAUUCUAGCAAGUAUGGUGUUAGAUCCAUUAGUUUGCCAACAAGAUCACAUCCAAGCACAGUUAGAGUUGAAGAGGAGCUGAGCAAGCUUAAAUCAUUGGAGGCAUCAUCAUCAUCAUCAUCUACACCAAAGGUGGAAACAAUUUGCUGUGGUCUAUCUGGCCUUGCAGAAUUGUACAAAUGCAUUGAAGAUCUUUUGAAAUUGCCAUUGACCCAACAAGCAAUAGGCCAGCACCAAAAUGAGAAAUGGGUCAAUGAGUUGUUGGAUUGCCCAGUAGGAUUCUUGGACCUAUUAGGCAAAACAAGGGAUUCCAUUCUGUUGAUGAAAGGAAGUGUUGGAGAGCUUCAGAGUGCACUUAGAAGGAAAAGGGUUGGAGAUUUAUACAUGGAGAGUUAUCUCUCUACAUAUUGGAGGCUCAGACGAAACAUGAGGAAGGAGUGCACAAAGUCUUGGCUUUUGUUGAAGCAGAUGGAAAAUGAGUCAUUUGGGGGCUCUCCAACUUUGGAUCUUAGUGACCACCUCUCUGCAGUGGUAAGAGUGCUCAGAGAAGCUAGUUGCAUCACCAGCUCCAUCUUUGAGUCACUUGUUGUGUUCCUUUCUUCACCAAUCUUGAAACUAAAGCCUAAUAAGUGGGCAUUUGUUGUGUCAAGAUUGAUGCAGAAGGGGGUGUUUGCUUACAACAAUCAUCAGGAAGAUAUAAAUGAGCUGGAGAAGGUUGAUUUUGCACUUAAUAGUUUGAUUUUGGACAAUCUGAACAAAGAUGCUGAGGCUGAGGCUGAGAAGAUUCAAUCUGCACAUGGAAGGUUAGAAGCUUUGGUGGUUGCCAUUGAAGAGAUUGAAAGUGGAUUGGAAUGCUUGUUUAAGCGCCUGAUUAAUACUAGAGUGUCUUUUCUGAAUAUAUUUUCUCCUUAGGAUAGAAUAUGCAUAUAUGUGUAGUUAAGAAGUCAAGGCCUAAUAAGGCCUUGUGCAUAUACCAGAGUUUCUGGCAUUUUCCAGUUGUACAAAUUGAGUUGUUAAAUAUGUAAUUGUACAUUCUGUUUGUUUUUCUUUGACAUCUAAUGCCCUUUUACCAUAAUACUCAUCAGCUUUUAAUUUUAAUUUAAUUA